AUGGCCAGCCAUGGCGUGACUCGCACCGUUCGGACUCGCACCGAAGAACAGCGGCUGCAGGACCUCGAAAAGAUCAAGAAAUACCGCCAUCUCGAGACCCAGAUACGCACACAAGUCGCCACGGGAACCUACACCCUAGAUCUCUUCGAGCUUACCACCAAGCUCCUUCGUCAGAACCCCGAAUACUACACCAUAUGGAACAUUCGCCGCCAUACCAAAAACCAGGACUCGGACAGCCAAGUGUUGCAGUCUGAAAUCGCCUUCACCAUGCCGCUGCUGCUGGAAUUUCCCAAGUGCUACUGGAUCUGGAACUUUCGGCAAUGGCUUCUAGCACAAGCCAUUCAAAGAUUGCCUCUCCCGGUCGCUCGCAAGAUUUGGGAGACAGAACUCAGCCUGCUGGAGAGUUCCGAGCUUGACGGCAAGAGCAUGGCUGAGGAAGAAUUUGCGUACACAACCAAGAUGAUCCGGCAGAGCUUAUCCAACUUUUCUGCGUGGCAUAACCGAAGCCAGCUCAUUCCAAAAGUCUUGGAGCAACGAGGCGCUGAUGACAAGGCCCGAGCAGCCUUCCUUGGUGAGGAACUGGAUCUAGUGCGGGAUGCUCUAAACGUCGGUCCUGAAGACCAAAGUUUAUGGUACUAUCAUCAGUUCCUCGUAUCCCAAAUCGUGGGGGACGGAAAUAAGCCGAGCAUCACACCGGCUUUGACCGUUGACGAGAAGAUUGCCUACCUGAAGCACGAAAUUGAUGAGAUUAAAGACUUGUUAGAGGAUUACGCCGACAUCAAAUGGAUUUAUGAAGCGCUUUCAGAAUACGCCGUAGCAUUAGAGCGGCUACAAAGCACUGGCAGCAAUAGUGCUGAGGCUGGCGACUUGCAGGUCUGGCUCUCGAAGCUACGGACCCUGGACCCGAUGCGCACCGGCCGAUGGAAUGAUGUUGAGCAACUGGCAACAUGA